GCCUCAGAUUCUUGAGAGGGCUGUGCCAGACACACAAGGACGGCCCGGAGAAGGAAGGUGGAGCUGUGUUUUCGCACAAGACCGAGUAGAUAUGAAGCACCCCCUGCUCCUGCUCCUUGUCCUGCUGGGGACAGUGGCUGCGCUUCAUCUGGAAAAUGAUGCUCCCCAUCUGGAGAUCCAAGAGCCAGAGGCAGACCUGGGACAGGAUCUGGAUGGUUCAGGGGAUCAGGAGGGAGAGUUGGCCUUGACUGAGGAUGUGAUUAAGUCAGAGAGGGAAGAGGUUGAGACUUCUGCCUGUCGAGACACCUUUGAGGACGAGGAGGCCAUGGAGUCGGACCCAGAUGCCUUAGACGAGGACUUGGAGUGCCCCAAAGAAGAGGACACAGUUCAAGUGCAGGGAAGUCCUGGGUGCAAGACCUGCCGCUACCUGUUGGUGCGGACGCCCAAGACAUUUAAGCGUGCUCAGAAUGUCUGCAGGAAAUGCUACAAAGGCAACCUUGUCUCCAUCCAUAGCUACAGCCUCAACUCUCAGAUUCUUUAUUUCACUAGAAGACUCAAUCAGGCCCAGGUCUGGAUUGGAGGCUUCAUCAGGCACUGGUUGCUGGGUAGGCGGUAUCGCUGGACUGAUGGGAGCCGCUGGAAUUUUGCAUACUGGGCUGCAGGGCAGCCCAGGAAAGGGAGAGGCCACUGCAUAACCCUAUGUACCAAAGGGGGUCGUUGGCGACGAGCGCCUUGCCGGAGGCGCCUGCCCUUCAUCUGCUCCGCCUGAGCCGGCGCAUCUGCUCCUCCUGGGAGCCCCCUCUCCACACCUGCGGUGUGGCCGCCCCGUCCCCGCCUCGGCACGACCCGUCCCUAGCCUCUCCUGGUCAUGAAUACAGACUUCCCACAGCA